AUGUUAAGUGGACACCUCCCCCACCCAGUUGGAAAAAAAUUGAACUUUGAUGGAGCUAGUCAAGGAAAUCCUGGAUUAUCUGGGUUUGGUGUGGUAGUUAGAGAUGAGAAUGGCAACCUAGUUGGGGCAAUAUGUGGACCUGUGGGAAUUGCUACUAGUAAUGUAGCGAGGAUUACUGCAUUAGAGGAAGGUUUGAAAUGGGUCUCAUCUAAUGGAAUUUCGAAGGUGAGGAUAGAGGGGGAUUCUCAAGUCAUCCUAAGCGGGAUUACCAAAAAAGGAUUUAUGAAUUGGCGGUUAAACGCUUGGAUCCUAAGGAUAAAUUAUUUGCUUCAAAAGUUUACAGAUUACCAUCUUAACUACAUUUUCCGUGAGGGCAAUCAAGUAGCGGAUUUUCUUGCCAACCAAGGCAUUGCAAAGACUCUGCCAACAGUCAUGUCGACGGAAGAUGCUGGGAACAGAGAUUUUCAGAAUCUCCUAAACGAUGACAGAGCUCAUUUCUCAAGGAUGGGAAUAGGGUGA